CCUUUCAAUAUUCAUUUUGCUUUCAAUCCAAACAGCACCCAAUUCCAUGGCCACCUCUUCCCCGCGUGAGGAAAAUGUCUACCUCGCGAAACUCGCCGAGCAAGCCGAGCGCUACGAGGAGAUGGUCAAGUUCAUGGAGAACGUCGUCUCCGCCGUCCCCGCCCCCGACGAACUCUCCGUCGAGGAAAGAAACCUCCUCUCCGUCGCCUACAAGAACGUGGUCGGCGCCCGACGCGCCUCCUGGAGGAUCGUUUCCUCCAUCGAGCAGAAGGAGGAAGGACGUGGUAACACCGACCACGUCUCCGAUAUCUGCGAGUACAGGACCAAGAUCGAGGCCGAGUUGUCCGAUAUUUGCGCCGGAAUUUUGAAGCUCCUCGACGAGAAGCUCGUUCCGGCAGCUAAGAGCGGGGAUUCCAAGGUCUUUUAUCUGAAAAUGAAGGGAGAUUACCAUAGGUACUUGGCUGAGUUCAAGACUGGCGAUGACAGGAAAGCCGCUGCCGAGAAUACUCUCACUUCGUAUAAAAAUGCUCAGGACAUUGCAAAUUCUGAGCUGGCUCCAACUCACCCUAUUCGUUUAGGGUUGGCUCUGAACUUUUCCGUCUUCUACUAUGAGAUAUUAAAUUCUCCUGAUCGUGCUUGCAGUCUUGCAAAACAGGCUUUUGAUGAAGCCAUUGCAGAGCUGGAUACCCUUGGAGAGGAUUCAUACAAGGACAGCACUUUGAUAAUGCAACUUCUUCGAGACAACCUCACCUUGUGGACCUCUGAUAUGCAGGAUGAUGCAACAGAUGAGAUCAAAGAAGCUCCCAAACGCGAGGAGGAGAAACAAGAGUGAAGUCAAUGGUAGUAUUUUACUUCUCUGGUUAUUUUUGUAUGGAGAAGUUGCUUGGUUCCACUAUCCCUUGAUUCCCUUCGGUUACUUGUUCUGAGGAGACAUGCCUCAGUUUAUAAACCAUUGAAGUACUGCUAAAGAUGCCCUUAGUAUUUCACUGGCUAUAUUCUUUUUACAGUUGAAGCUUUCUAAUUGCAACGAGGCAGGCUAUGUGCACUCUUUCUUAAUUGUUUUCUUCACAAUAAGGGGGCUGAUGAUUGAGAUAUUUUCUAAGCUUAAUGUUUGGAAGACGUUUUCUUGGAAUUAUCAGAUUAAUAUAUUUAUAA